CAAGACCAAGUGACACUUCGGGACAGUGUAUCGUUGUUUAUUUUCAUUUCUGCAAAAGUAAUUCGUGAAUACCGGCUGAUUUUUGUUUUAUUGUGUGUACUUCAUUUUUCUUCGCUUGAUAUAUUGGGUGCAUUGCCGCUAACAGUUUUCUGUGACAAACAUCGAUCUAACACAAAGAUGCAGUUCACAACAGCUUGCAUAACAGCAAUGUUGGUAUUGGCCAGCACACACAAGACGCUGGCGGCUCCAGUGGAAACUUCAGUGGCACUUCAGGAUAGCAGCGAGCUUGGCGAAUUGAAUCCCAUUAAUGCAGAGGAGGUGUUAGGCGCCGAUCUUGAACGCAACAAAAGAAAACUACCCGAUGCAACAUUUGAGGCUAAAAAUGCCGUUCUUGGCUUUGUGUUUGGUAAGAUCGACAACUUUCUGGAUACAAAGACGCGCGUGAUUGAGCAGCUGGAUCGCUCAAAUAUUGAGAAGAAUAAGCAAUGGGAUAUUAAGGCACCGGUGCCAAUUAAGGACUUCCAGACUCUGAUCACCGCGGUCGUCUCACCAAAGAUCCGUUCCAUUGGCAACAUUGCCAAUGAUCUGACCACCGGUGUCCUCACCACAAUCACAGCAUUUAGCGGCUCCUCGUCGGGCAAUGGCAAUGCCAAUGCCGGUCUGGGCAAUGUGGUCUCCAAGUUCCUCGGCUUCUCCGGUCCCAUUCUGCAGGGUUCAUCGGGAGGCGUCAAUGGUAUCGCUGGUGUCACGACACCAGCGCCAGACUCUGAUGAGGCGGGCUAUUAAAGCGGCUGCUUCGCUGGCUUCUGGAUCGUUCAUUCUCUACACAAUUUUGGUUCCAUAAUUUAUGUACUUCACACUCACCACCUCUCUCCUGAUAUGUGGGACGAAACAGAUUGAUAUAUCUGAUUGAUUCCAUCUGAUGCUCGCACGAUUCAUUUUCAAACUGUGCAUUGAUUUUUUUGUUGUUGUAGUUUAGAAAAUAAGAUAAAAAAAAGAAAAUGAAAUGAAAAAAAAACACACUCUGUACCAGACUUUUACUUGCUUUUUCGUCAGGGCAAAAAAGUUAAGUUAUAUUCAUGUUUUGUAAAUAUUGGCGCAUAUAUGUUAAAUAUGUUAAACCUACGACUAUGAAACGAUUAUAAAAAAAAACACAAGGAAUUUUUUGUAUGUACAUCAAUAAAUCAUUAUGAAAUAA